CCCGCCCGCGCACCGGAUCGGCCGUAUUUAAUCGCGCACCCGUGCGACCCCUCUCAAGACACGCGAAUCGUGUACCGCUACCAACGGCGAGCACGCACGGCACGAGCGAAAUAUUUUACACACACACACACACACAGAAACGAGGACGGAAGCCAUGGUGAUCACCGUCGAGAAGGACGCGGCGGCGGGCGGCGAGGCGGCGCUGCUGCUGGAGCGCAGCCGGGCGAUCACGGUCCAGGGCCGCGACAGGAAGGGCCGCGACGUCGUCAGGGUCGUCGGCAGCUACUUCCCAGCGCGCGCGCUGGGCGGGCGGGCGGAGGAGGCGCUCCGGGCUUACCUGCGGGAGCGCGUGCUCCCGGCGAUCGGGGACCGCGAGUUCGUGGUGGUGUACAUGCACUCCCGCGUCGACCGCGGCGGCAACUUCCCCGGCGUCGGCGCGAUCCGCGGCGCCUACGAGUCGCUGCCGGCCGCCGCCAAGGACAGGCUGCGCGCCGUCUACUUCGUGCACCCGGCGCUCCAGUCCAGGCUCUUUCUCGCCACCUUCGGCCGCUUCCUCUUCAGCUCCGGGCUGUACGAGAAGCUGAGGUACAUGAGCAGGCUCGAGUACAUGUGGGUGCACAUGGACAAGGGGCAGCUGGAGGUCCCGGACUGCGUGCUCGAGCACGACGAGGAGCUGGAGCGCCGCCCGCUCAUGGACUACGGCAUCGAGGCCACGGAGAGCCGCUGCGUGUACGAGUACGACGCCGCGUCCAUGGACACCUCGGCGUCCCUGCACUCGCUCCGCUGCGUCUCCUAGCCGCUUCUGAACAAUAUGGCUCUCUUGCUUCAAUGUUCUUGUAGGCCGUAGUACCGUAGUAUUAAGCUUACCUUUCAGUACCCUAGUUUAGAUGUGCAAGUAAAUUAGCGAAAAAGAUAAAAGAGAUCCAAAUGUUUUUUGGGCUCAAGAGAUGGCUUGACUGCAAGUGUGCAAGAGCCAAGGGUAACAAGGCAAAGCAGAUCAAAGAUCACCAUCAUCAAA